GGUGGCUCAUUUGUUCUGGUGUCUAUGGGCUCUGCUCCAGGCAAAACAUUCCACUAUUGACUUUGAUUUCCAAAUAUAUGCCAGGGCCCGAUUCAACUACUACUUUUAGAAGAAGCGAGAGUUCUGUGGAUUGACACCUCCAUGAUGCUUCAAGCGCUGUGCUGGUUCUGCAGACUCUGUCCAUUAUAAUGCCACACAAUCUUCAUCAGCUCAGUUUAAGGAUGGACCAGGAUCACAGAUUUGUGUUGAGUGCACAGGCAACCAUGUCACUUGAACUACACUAUUCAACAUACCGAGUCUUAAUUCUUCCUCAGACAGUAUCAGAUGAUUAUUUCACUCUUAAUUAAUUUAUUUCUCAGUUGUUCUUGUGUAAGCGUGUUUCAGAGUGAUCUUAUUAUCAGGAAUCUACAUCUCUCUCAUACACUUAGACCAGCUCUGUGCUUCUCAGACAUUUGUUCCAUGGCCACAUCUAAACUUCCCCCUGCCUGUAAAUACCGAAACUUUUACCAACUCUAAAUUAAUUCAUUUCCUUCAGCUUUGUCCAUUAUUUAUCAGGGGUGGCCAAAGCAGAAUGAACCGCCGACUAUUCCAGCAUGUGGAUGUCUUUCGGGUAGUGAGACGACAGUGCUAACCACUGAGCCACACUAACUCUUAACUGGAAUCUUGUUGCUGCUAAUCAGUGGUGUAAACUAAAGUAAAUGGACCUCGUUACUUUACUCAAGUAUGUUUUUGCAACUUUGUACUUGUGCUGAGUAUUAAAAAUAUAAGCAACU